UUACUGCUGUUGUACCGUGCGGAAGAAAGUACUGUUAUCUCCCAACAGCGAGGCCUUAGAUUGGUAUUCACAGCGUGUUCGGGACACAGGUGAACUCACGGUGUGUGCGUGUGUGGGCGUGUGUGUGUGUGUGUGUGUGUGUGUGUGUGUGUCUGUGAGCAUAUUAGACCGAGGAGCCGCUGCUCUCUGAGGGCUGAAGGGCCUGGCGGGAGAUUAAAUCUUAAAGCAAACCACUACCGCGUGUCCUCAUGGCUGAUACGGAGCCCAAUUUCCCUCCCCUGCCCGGGUUUGUCCCUCUGAAGCCCUGCUUCUAUCAAAACUUCGAGGAGAUCCCUGAGCAGCACCGCAGCAUGUGCAAGAAAAUGUACAACCUGUGGAUCUUGAACAGUGCCACCCUUGCAGUAAAUUUCAUCGGUUGCUUUGCUUGGAUGUUUGGCGGCGGUGGAGUGACCAACUUUGGGUUAUCCCUCAUCUGGCUCCUGAUGUUCACCCCUUGCUCCUAUGUGUGUUGGUUUAGGCCCAUUUACAAGGCAUUCAAGACAGACAGCUCCUUCAACUUCAUGCUGUUCUUCUUUGUGUUCAUGGCCCAAGUUGGAAUCAGCAUCAUCCAGAGCAUCGGUAUCCCAGGAUGGGGAGUAUGCGGCUGGUUAGCCACCAUCUCCUUCUUCAGCUAUAACAUUUUCAUUGCUUUAGUCAUGCUCAUCCCGACAAUCAUGUUCACGGCUGUGGCUGCGCUGUCCUUCAUUGCACUCACCAAGAUCCAUAAUUUCUAUCGCGGCACUGGGGCGAGCAUGUCCAAAGCUCAGGAGGAGUGGGCUACGGGAGCCUGGAAGAACCCCCACGUCCAGGCGGCGGCCCAGCAGGCCGCCAUGGGGGCAGCUGGCGGAGCCAUGCAGGAUCAGUUCUCCAGCCCGCAGUACAACGACAACCAGAUGUAGCGCCGCCAGGGCGGGAGACGUCAGAAAUUUCAAUGCCAAAGAUUUCACUUCGGAGCAUCAAAACCAUUUUACAUCGAAAAUCGAGUGAAGGAAAAGUAGCAGAAAAAAAGAGCAGUGAAUAUCUGUUGGUAGCUGGGUUUUUUUUUUUUUUUUUUUUUCAAAUCUCCAUAAAAGGGCAUUUGUAUUCUUUGAGGUAUUUUUAGAUUUAAUUUUCAUAAGAAAACUUUUUCCUCUUCACUUUGAAGAGGAGAUAGGUUUAAGUACUAUAAGUGUUGUGAUGACAUAAGAGCCGUGCGCUAAUUUAAAAACCUUUAGCAAUAGAGAUUUAUAUGAACAAAAGUAAAAGUGAAUGUACUUCUCAUGCUUUCUGCAUAUGGAACGUAUUUUCAUAUAAAUAUGUACAAAUCAUGUAUCCAUGAUUUAUAGUAUUUAUUGUAUCUAUAGUAUUUAUAUAGAUAUUUUUAGUUUUUGUCAUAUUUUGAAUUUACAUGUAAACCAGAGAUACUAAUUUUGUAAACAUGUUUUGAUGGGUGUUACUCGCAAAAACCUCAAAAUUGUGGAACAUUUACAUGAUCUUUAACAAUAAUCUUGUUCGGAAAUGCAAAUGGAUGUAUUAUAAUAAAAAAAAUGGAUUAAUGCAUCA